AUGGAUGACCGCUCACAGCUGUACAUCGGCACUGCCUUUGUUGCUGGUGUUCUUCUCACGCUGGGAUUCAAGGAUCUUGUCUACCCGGAAUUAGAGCGCCGCGUCAAAGACUACUACCAAGCAAGCUCGCAAGCGAAGACAGCCGCGACAGUCUCCGAAGAUGCCUUGAGCGCGAGACCGGGCCCUCCCGCCAUUGUCGAAGGCAUUGAGGGCUGCAUUGGAAAUACACCUUUGUUCCGAAUCAAAUCAUUGUCCGAUGCGACAGGGUGCGAGAUUCUGGGCAAGGCCGAAUUCCUCAAUGGAGCUGGACAAAGUUCCAAGGACCGCGUCGCGCUGAGCAUGAUUCAAAUAGUAACGCAACCCACCCCACCCCUCUGGAUUUUCUCUUACACCCCCCCGCAGGCCGAAGAACAUGGUAUCCUAAGACCUCAUUCAGGCGACACAAUCUACGAGGGUACUUCCGGCUCCACGGGAAUCUCCUUGGCUACUCUAGCCCGUGCGAAAGGCUAUCUCGCGCACAUGUUCGUUUCCCAUAGCCCUACCCACUUUCCUACAACCUCGCUACAAGCUCUAAUACUAAUGAUCUGCUCUAGCUGUAUGCCAUCCGACCAAGCGAUUGAAAAGUCCAAUCUCCUCCUUAAACUAGGCGCCAUCGUCGACCGCGUACCACCCGCGCCCAUCGUGGAAAAGGAAAACUUUGUCAACCGGGCGCGAGCUCUUGCGCAAGCGCAAACCGCAUCGGACACGGACGGAAGGGGUUUCUUCGCCGACCAGUUCGAGAACGAGUCCAAUUGGCGGGCACACUUCAAUGGCACGGGGCCUGAAAUCUAUGCGCAAUGCGAGGGAAAACUGGAUGCUUUCGUCGCGGGCGCUGGGACUGGGGGUACUAUCUCUGGCGUGGCGCUCUUCCUGAAGCCAAAGAUACCGAACUUGCAUGUAGUGCUGGCCGAUCCUCAGGGAAGUGGACUGUACAACCGAGUUCGCUUUGGCGUCAUGUUCGAUUACAAGGAGAGGGAGGGCACUAGACGACGGAGACAGGUCGAUACUAUUGUUGAAGGAAUUGGGAUCAACCGUGUGACGGCGAACUUUGAGGCUGGGAAGGAGCUGGUUAAUGACGCAGUCAGAGUGACAGACGCUCAAGCUUUGGCUAUGGCUAGGUGGCUUGUAGAAAAGGACGGCAUAUUCAUCGGCAGUAGCAGUGCCGUGAACUGCUUCGCGGCCGUGAAGACGGCAAUGAAGCUGGGACCCGGUCACAGGGUUGUGACAGUGCUGUCUGAUUCGGGUUCGAGACAUCUUUCUAGGUUCUGGGCCAAAGCCGGAGAUGUUGGUGGCGCCGUGGAUACAAAGCUGGAAGAUGUUUUGAACGCAAAGGAAGAGGAUCAAUAG